AUGCCUCUUACUUUGAAUGAUAUUGAUCUACCACCAAAUGUUGAAGGAAAACUUAAUCGAGCUUAUGGAACGAAAUAUUCUUUACAAAAAUUUUUGGAAUUGGAUCCAAAUGAAAUAAUUCGUACAACACAUUUGCUCCCAGCAGAUAUUGAUAUUGCAUUACAAUGUGUUUCAAAUACAUUUUAUCCUUUUUCAAGACGACAAAUGUCGGUUUGGCAAAUGAUUGAAAAUGAACGUGAUACUAUAACAAUAUUUUCAACAGGUUGUCCAAUUAUUGAUAAAACAUUAAAUGGUGGAAUACGUUUAGGUCAAAUAACGGAAUUAUAUGGUGAAAGUGGUUGUGGAAAAACUCAAUUUUGUAUUCAAAUGUCUUUAGAAGUACAACGAACAUUUCGAGCUCGAGGACAAGAAGCCAAAGUAGUUUAUAUUAAUACUGAAUCUCAAAUUGAAAAAAUCGAUAAACGAUUAAAACAUAUCUCAUAUUAUCGUGCAAAAACUGAUAAGCCAUUUAAUAUAGCUGAUGCUCGAUGUUUACAACAAAAAUUUUUUGAUAAUAUUUAUCUUGAUAUUAUUCGACAUUAUCGUCAUUUAGAAAUGACACUUAUUGAUCGACUUCCUUUAUUACUUAAUCGUGAACCAAGCAUUCGAUUAAUUAUUAUCGAUUCAUUAGCUGCUAUUUUUCGUUCUGAAGAUAUUAUGUUUGAACAUCAUACUAAAGCAAAUACUUUACAAUAUUUUGGCUUUGCUAUGCAUACAUUAUGUCAACGAUAUAAUCUUGCUAUUGUGUGUGUCAAUCAAGUACAAACUCAAUUUGGACAAAAACCAACAGAUUUAUCUUUAUUAUCACAACCGAUGAUAUUAGGUCCAGCGUUGGGUCUUACCUGGGCAUUUCUUGUUCAUUGUCGUAUACAAUUGACUAAAACAGAAAAAAUUGAAGAACAUCAUCCAGAUUCUCAACAAUCACAAGUUGUCUAUGAUGAACGACAAGCAACAACAAGUAUUAAAACAAAUGUUGUUUAUUUACGUUCAUUAUCUAUUGAUUAUUGUUAUCAUAUACCAAAAACAAAUCGAUGUAAUUAUUUUAUUGUGGAUAAGGGUGUAUUUGGUAGUCUAAGUUGA